CUGGAUUUGUUAUUGUAGAUGUGGAGGCCGCAGUGACGAGGAAACGGCGCUUAAAGUUAGUCUUGUUAGUGCAGUCGGAAUUAAGGCACAAUCAGCGCUGAUCUCAGUCGGUUUAAUUAAAGCCAGAUAGAGAGCAUUAGUCUGUAAGCUAAGAUGAUCGAAGGUUACCCACCUCUCGUCCAGGCCAUCCUCGGCACCCUCUUUACGUGGGGGAUGACUGCUGCGGGGGCGGCUGUUGUUAUUUUCUUCCACGGAGCCCAGAGGAAACUGCUGGACGGUUCUUUGGGUUUCGCUGCCGGUGUUAUGACCGCCGCCUCCUACUGGUCACUCUUGUCUCCAGCCAUAGAGUUGGCCAAAGUGUCCGGCAUGUACGGCGCUGAUGGAGAGUGGGCCUUCGUCCCCGUCUCUUGCGGCUUCAUGCUUGGUGCCUUUUUUGUCUUCAGCACCGACGUCUUGCUCGCUAAAUUCGGAGUGCCAGGACUCAUCGAGCCUUCCGUCCUGCUUGCCGAAGCAGUCAAAGAGGUUAGUGGGAACCCGCGGACAUCGAAGAGGAAAAAGCGGGGCCACAAAAAAGACACUCCCUCCAAACACAAAGGCGCCUGUGAUGAACAAACCAGCACGGCAACAAGGAGGCACGUGUGCUUGACGGACACUUUGCCCAGUCCCUCUGAGUGUGAAACUUCUAACAACAUCCAGGUGGACCUGGAUUCUGCCCAGUCAAAUGAGGAAGCUCUGACAGCUUCAGGAAACAAAAAGAGGUGGAAACGAAUCCUCCUUCUCAUCAUAGCUAUUACUGUUCAUAACUUCCCUGAGGGGUUGGCUGUAGGUGUAAGUUUUGGUGCUAUUGGAGGGUCUCCGUCUGCAACUUUUGAAAAUGCAAGGAGUCUUGCAAUUGGUAUCGGUUUGCAGAACUUCCCUGAAGGUCUGGCUGUGAGUUUGCCGCUGCACGGCGCCGGUUUUUCCAUACUCCGUAGUUUUUGGUAUGGACAACUGAGCGGCAUGGUGGAGCCUUUGGCAGGCAUUUUGGGCGCUGUCGCCGUACAGGUGGCCACCCCUCUGCUUCCGUACGCCCUUUCCUUCGCGGCUGGCGCCAUGAUCUACGUCGUGCUAGACGACAUUGUGCCAGAGGCCAACACAGGGAAAAAUGGCCGCCUCGCAACGUGGGGUGGAAUCGUGGGCUUCACGUUGAUGAUGGCUCUUGACGUUGGCCUCGGCUAACUUGGUUCAAUCUCAACUCCCCAUCAACAUUUUUUCAAAAUGCUGCUAAAGCGACGAACUCCUCUCAAAUCUCAAACAUCGACAACUGAAACAUCCUCAACUUACAUUUCUGAAGAUCUUUGCUUAUGCCAUUUAAAUCCAACGAACUAUUGUGAGCAUUUCUGCUUGGUAGCCCCAUUUUUAUAGCAUCUAUGUAGGAUAUCCGAAAAUUGUUAUCAUCUUUGCACAAUUUUUGUUUCGGCAACCAAGAGACCAUAAAAAUUAUGAAGGUGGUCUAAAAACCAAAGGUUUUGCUAGGGAGGGUAGUUUUUUGUUACUUACACGGUAACAUAUUGACAGGUUGUAUGUAUCAAGUCAAAACUAACUUAGUCGUACUUAUCAAUUUGGCAAGGAAACACUGUUUGUAAAAAAUUAUGCAUUUAGUUUAAAUAAUAAUCUUGGUCCAUUUAUGCUCUCGCAUUUUUUAGCAUUCCGUGUUUAUUGCAUUGUUGGUCAGUAGUUUGCUCGGUAGUAGACUAGUCUCUUCCACAUCAGAACCUCUCGCGUGCCGCAAAUUAGCAAAUAAUAACUAUAUUUUUGUAUAGCAGCCCGUACCACUGUCCAAUUUUGACGAAACGUUCUUCCUUCCUUCCGUCUACAUUUUUUGGCUGCUGCCGUUAAAUGAAAUGGGCAAUUUAUCAGCCAGAGUCCAAGCGGGAGAGACAACUCAGCUCUCCACCUCGAUACCGGCACUCAUUAUUGUUUUUGCGCCGCGAGUCGCCGCCGUCGUCUUGUGGCAAUUUAGCAAUUGUGCCCAUUCACCUCUGCAAUAAAGCAACCGAGAGAGCUGAAUGAAUGGGCACGGACGAGUCAAUGAUCAAUGAACGCGCUCUCCGCACAUUCGCACUGCUCCGAAGCCAGUUCAAUUCUCGCACCCGCAUUUUUAACCAUAUCAGUCGAAAUGAAGGCUUAAAAAGUUCACAUUUGCUCCAAGCUGUGCCGAUCCGAUUCUUGUUUAGCUGCGUGCCUGAUAAGUGGAAAAUGGUGGCCGACUGGAUGGUUAAUAAAAAUCAGCACGUCAAAAUUUUCUGAGCAUGGCAUAAAAUUCAAGGCGUAUAGGUAAAAUUUUUACGAAUUAAAACAAUACAGUAAGCUAGCAUCAGUGUGCUUGAAAUUUUUAUUUUAUCUAUCCUAUUUGUUAAAAACGUUUUGAUAUAAUUAGAAAUCUCAGCCGCGAGAUUUAAGGCGACGGCUGACCGUUUUCACCAGUGGCUGGCGCAGCUUAGCUAGCGUCUGGAGGCUGCCCACGUGACCCAAAAUUUGCUGGCUGGCGCAGCGCAGCUGGCUGAGACCUAUAGAUAAAAUGCAAUUUUCGUAUUAUAAUUUUAACAGUUUACUCCUCAAAACCUCAAGAUUGCUUAGAAGUAACUUAUUCAUUUAUUCUCUUCCUUGCAUGGCUAGUGCUUUCUUAAAUUUUAGACCUAGAAUGCUUGUUCAAAGUUAAAAAAUUAAUUUAUUUUUUUUUCAUUUUGUUUGCUUCCAUCUAUAUAUUCCCGUAAAUGGUUUUUAAGCUGAUGAGGUGGUGAUCCUUUUUUGUUCACAUUUUUCUUCAAACUCAACAUUUUUACAUCUCGUACCACUCAGUCGUCCAUCAUGUUUCCUCACUGACCCAAGUUCCAAUACGAAUUAAAAAAAAAAAAGAGCUUUUUUGUUCAGAAAGUAGAUGUGAUUGAUGUUCUCCUUGAAUAUGCCGCGGGACAAUUACUUAACAUAUAACUUACAGCAUUUUACUGCAUCUUUUUGUUUUGUAAAAAAUCUUUGUAGUUCUAAAAUUUACAGAACUAAAAUAAGAAUUUCCGGCACUUCAUUCCAUUACAGUUGAAGUGACUCAAAAUCUUGAAUUCUUGAGGAAGCUUUCAAAACAACUCGGAUAUUUCUUUUUCAAACAUUUCCACUCCUGAGUUGGAACAUGAUCGGGCUGGGCUGUGUAAUUUGAACUUAAUAAUAUUGUGCAGUGAGUAGUGUCUCACAACAUUUGACUUGAAUGCUAUUUAUUUGCAACAACGAAUCAAAAUGUUAAUGUUACAUUAUUUAUCAUAGUUUUAGUAAUAUAUGUCCCCCCCCCCCAAUUUAUUUAUAGAUAGAAGAGAAUUCGGUAAUUAUUGUUGUAGGAAUUACGAGCCGUCCGCAUCACUUGCAGCCAUAACACCUUCUCAACUCUAAUAUUCAUUGCAUCUUUGAUUUUGUUUUCAAUCCGUCGUAAACGACUUUUUCAAGAAUGGAUAUGUAAUGGCAAAAAAUCGGCUGAAAUUUCAGAGUCUAAUAAAUCUAUGUAGAAUUAGCUAUGACUGCCGCCAGUAACUUCCAAAUGAAAGUGUAUAUUAUUUUUAAUCGAUACUUGCAAGGCUAAUUUGCAAUAUAUUAUGUAUUUUGGAAGAUAGUGGCUCAAGUCGCUGUCACGAUGAAUCAGUCUGAAGCACCCCCGCAGCAGGAAAGACUAAUGAAGUUGGUUCAGAUCCUGCUCUUCACUCUCUUCUUUUUUCUUUCGCCUUCUGAGCAGAACCACUUAAUUACUCUUGUCUUGCAAGACGAUUCGAUUUGUGCGAAAAAUCGGGGGAGAGCUGACCAUGUAGCUUCAACAAGCAUGAGAAAUUUAUAGAAAAAUAAACAGUUUUUAUACACAUUAA